AUGCCCACUGGUUGGAGGGAUAGCUUGGAGCAAGAAGUGAUGGUGAUGGCGGAUGUGGAGGUGUUGGAGUGUCUGGUGGGUGACUUCAAAGCGGCUUGCUGCGCUGGAGGCGCAAAGCGGGAGGAGGAAGAGGAGGAGGAAGAAGAAAGCAGAGUGGAGCGCGUGACUGCGGUGUGUGAAGCGAAGCUGGUUGGGCAGAAAGCGCAAUUGGAGGGUCGGUUGAAUGAAAGAGUGAUGACGCAUGAGAUGACGAUGCGGGAUGUUGAGGCGAAGCAUGCGUCACUGUUGGUGAGUGUGGUUGGAGUGAGGUGUUUGAGUGGAUGUUUGCAAUUGACAGCGGAAGAGAGGAGCGAGCGUCUGGAGGGUGACCUCGCGGCUGUGCGCAUGACAGUGGCUGAAGCCCAGCGGAAGGAGGCUAAGAGGGCGGAGGAGGGACGAAACUCGUGGCGUUCACCUGCUUUGGGCCUGGAGGAGAAGGCUCGGAAUUAUCCAGAACUCAGUGUCGCUGUCUUGGACCUGGGAUCGCGACUGCAUAAACGAGCUGAAUUGCUGGAAAGCAGUACGAAUGAGAAAAGACGCCUGCGACGAAUUGUUCACGAGGACGAAAGGUGCGCCAAGGUGUUCCUUGAGGAGUUGGAGCGACUGCGUAGACAGAUGGUGGAGAAGAAUGGUGCCAUUAAGAAGCUGGAGGUGGUGGCACGUGCGCUGCAUGUUCGUCAGGUUGGCGCGAGGCCGUGUGACGACGCCACCUGA